GUGCCAGGCACUGUUGCCCUCGCCCAGAGCUACUGGAGAGCUCACGGCCCGAGGCGACUCUCUCCGCCCUGGGAAGCCUGCUGGAGCUUGGCCGUCUGGGGACUGGGCAGCUGGUAUUUAGGAGAACUGUCUCAGCCACCCGCAGCUGGGGCUGACGAGCCGGGAUGGCGGCCAACAAGAAUCUGCCCGCAACAGAUGGAAACAGUCCAGACAACGUGCUCCAGAGGGUCUUCCAGCUGCCCGUGGUGAGCGGUACCUGUGAGUGUUUCCAGAAGACCUACACCAGCACCAAAGAGGCUCACCCCCUUGUGGCAUCGGUGUGCAACGCCUAUGAGAAAGGCAUGCAGGGCGCCAGCAACCUGGCCGCAUGGGGCAUGGAGCCUGUAGUGCGCAAGUUGGAGCCUCAGUUCACUGCAGCCAAUGAGCUGGCGUGUCGGGGACUGGACCACCUGGAAGAAAAGAUCCCAGCUCUCCAGUACCCUCCGGACAAGCUGGCCUCAGAACUGAAGGACACCAUCUCCACCCGCCUCCGCAGUGCCAGGAACAGCAUCAGCGUGCCCCUGGCCAGCACGUCAGAUAAAGUCCUGGGCGCCGCCCUCACUGGCUGCGAACUCGCCUGGGGCGCGGCAAGGGACACGGCCGAGUUCGCCUCCAGCACCCGCGUCGGCCGGCUGGCGUCCUGUGGUGUUGACUUGGCCCUGGACAACAUCGAGAAGCUGGUGGACUUGGUCAUGCCUCCCGAGGACAAGCCGGCAACAGUGCUGGGGCACCCCAGUCCCCCCCACCCUCAGGCCCCCAGGCAGAAACCCGGCUUCGUGCGCAGGAUUGGGACCCUCGCCGGCACCGUCUCCCAGCGCGCCUACCGCACGACGGCCUGGACCCUGCGGCGAGGACACGCAUUGGCACUGUGGAUCCCUGGGGUGGCCCCACUGAGCAACAUGGCCCAGUGGGGGGCAUCAACUGCUCUCCACGUGGUGACCGGGGGCCAGGGCCCUUCCAAAGCCUGGCGGAAGAGCUGGGCCCAGGAGGGGGAAGUGGAUGAGGAGGAGGAGGAGGAAGAGGAGGAGGAGGAAGAAGAGGAGCCUGAAGUGAAGAAGGAAGAAGAGAGCAAACUAAAUGAGCCGGCAUCUGCCGCGGGCUCCAGGGGUCUCCUGGACAGCCUGGCCCACAGCCUGCAGUCUGCCUACCUGACCACAGUGUCCGUCGUCAAGUGGGUGCCCCACACCGCCUGGGACAUCGCAGGAGGGCUUCUGCACCUGACCCCUCGCAGGGCGGUCUCCGGGGCCAAGGAGCGGGCCAAGUCGUUCUCGGAUGCCCUGGUGGGGACCGUGGUGCACUAUGUGCCGCUCCCCAGAUUAUCCCUGAUGGAGCCAGAGAGUGAGUUCAUGGAUGACCCACCCCCCGCCGCUGAAGGGCCGGAGGAGAGCCAGCCGGCCCCCCAGCCAGAGUCCCCAAGCAAGUGGCAGCCCCGCGGGAACUGGAGGAGCCCCCGCAGCUCGGCAGCCCUCUCCUUCCUGGGCCUAGAGGACAAGCUCUUCACCCAACCCCGGGCAGCGGCUGCGGCAGAAUCGCGGGCCCCUCUGUCCCGGAGCCCCGGCUUCGAGCCGGAGACCCCCGCCACCCGCAGGUCCAUCUUUUCCUCUUAUCGGGAGAAGCCCACCCGCCGGGUCAGCGACGGCUUUUUCCGACCCAGCACCAUGGAGCCCAUCUACGGCCGCAGCCAUUACAGCUCGCUCUACAAGAAGAACUGAGCCGGUCCCAGGCCCACAGCCAAGGUCCCGGAGACCCGCCAGUCUGUGAGAGAGCCUGAUCCUAGCCCUGGGACCGCUCUGGGCCCAACCCACCCAUCGUUCAGCCAGACACCCCCCGCUCCAAGCCCUCCAUAAGGGCCACCCUACUCUGACAGAAAUGUCCAUUUCCGCCUCAGUGCUCAUAAAAUAAUGUACAGUAACCUCACUAUUACUGCUCCCAACCCUUCGAUCCCACUCCCAACCCUCCUUUCCCUCAGCCUGUCUAGCCACAUCGGGAGGCAGGGUAAUGGACAAAUGACCUCCAAAAGUCUCUUCCCACCCUGCAAAAUUGGGAAGGUGGGGGCUGGGAGGAGGAGGGGGGGGACCUCUGCUCAGAAGGACUUCCCAAAGUCCUCAUAGAUACCCGCUGACACCCCCAACCUUCACCCCUUUGGGGCAUCUCUGACUCCCAUGCUUUAAAACCUCCACUGCUGGCCCCAGCCAUCUCUUCUCAAAAGCUCCAGUCCUGUGUAAGUGCCUUGGAGGAGACGGAGUCAGAUCCUGAUCUCCCCUGGCAGUCUGACUAGUACCACUUAGGGCCUCCGUGCAUUGGGUUUGUCAAUAUCUGUUUAGUUUCAGAACAGAGAGACAGGAGCAGAAGCGAGUGGCAGAGAGGAUGGGCGAGGGAGAGGGGGAUUGGGGGAAGGAAGGAGGAAAGGAGCGGCAGGAAGGACGGAUGGCUGGCUGUGAGAGGCAGGACUUUAGGAUAUUUGGGAUACCGCACCCCCCAGCCCAUGCCCUCUCUGGGAGGAGAUUUUCCAAGGGCAAAUAGAUUUGCAAUGUAAAAAAAAUGUUGGUGACCCUGGCCCCAACCCCAGGGACCCCGCUGGAUAUACAACCAUGAGGUUCCAUGGAUUGAACCUUUCCCAAUCUCCUCAUGGGACCAUACCUCAGGGCCUGGAAAUCGAUGCCUAACCCCAUGCCCCAGCCCUCCAUACCCUUCCUCCUCUUCCUUAACUGCCAAUAGCCUCCUCAGUCUCGCCCCUCUUAGCCAGACCAAACUCCAUCUUUCUGGGGUUGGGGGCAGGCCUCCUUCCCCACUCCUGACCUGGGAAAUGGGGCGAGGCUGACACCCGUCAGGAGGGAAACUCCUCCCACCAUCCUGUGCUCCCACCUUGUUCACUGCAACAAUAAACCCUCCUACUGACCCA